AAAAUAAACAACUGGAGAAUGCUCCCUGGACAGCUUUCUGGAACACAGGCUCAGGUCUUUCCCUUUCUUCCCUGAGCAGUACACAUGGUGUAAAAUAUAUCUCUGGAUCUGGCGUAUCUGGGAGACCCUAUUUGGAGGAGCUGCAAAAAUGAACAGCAGUAGAGUCCUGCUGCGAAGCAACCAGUUCAUCCUCCUGCUGCUAUUCCUCCUGCAGAUUCAGAGUCUGGGGCUGGAUAUUGACAGUCGCCCGACCGUGGAAGUCUGUGCCACGCACGCCAUUUCACCUGGACCCAAAGGAGAUGAUGGUGAGAGAGGAGAUCCAGGAGAAGAGGGGAGAGAUGGCAAAGUGGGGCGCAGGGGGCCGAAAGGAAUUAAAGGAGAGCUGGGGGACACGGGACCCCAGGGCAGUAUUGGCAAGUCUGGGCCCAUUGGCAAGAAAGGUGACAAAGGAGAGAAGGGUCUGCUUGGGAUUCCAGGAGUGAAAGGCAAGGCAGGUACCGUCUGUGAUUGCGGAAGAUACCGGAAAGUUGUUGGACAACUGGAUAUUAGCGUUGCCCGGCUCAAGACAUCUAUGAAAUUCGUCAAGAAUGUCAUAGCGGGGAUUCGGGAAACUGAAGAAAAGUUCUAUUACAUCGUGCAGGAGGAGAAGAGCUACCGGGAGUCCCUGACCCACUGCAGGAUUCGGGGUGGAAUGCUCGCCAUGCCCAAAGAUGAAGCCAUCAACACCCUCAUCGCUGACUACGUGGCCAAGAGUGGCCUCUUCCGGGUGUUCAUUGGGGUGAAUGACCUGGAGAAGGAGGGCCAGUAUGUGUUCACAGACAGCACCCCGCUGCAGAACUACAGCAAUUGGCAGGAGGGGGAGCCCAGUGACCCCUACGGGCAUGAGGACUGCGUGGAGAUGCUGAGCUCUGGCCGCUGGAAUGACACAGAGUGCCACCGUACCAUGUACUUCAUCUGCGAGUUUGUCAAGGAGAAGAAGUAACUUCUCUCCUGCCGCACGCGCAUUAGCUCCCUGCGACCAGCCCUGCAGUUAUGUGUCCACCUCUGUCUUCCUAAUCACACUAAAUUCACCCUGACUCAAAUGAGAAAGGCCAUGUGGGGGGUUGGCGUCUAGCAUGCUCUUGGUACCAGUUCUGACAUUAUUAAUCAUCUGUCACUGACCAAGAGCUCAGAGAGUACCAGGCACCCUGAAAAAGAGCAUUUGAAUGGCUAGGAGGGCAGGAGGUGUUUGUCUGUGAGCCCCAUGAAAUAUUCUUAGGGGCUUUUUUUAAAAAACCAUCUCUCCCUUUGGUCCCGUCCAUUGCAGAUACCUGAAUAGGUGCUUCAUGGUGAUUAGGUUGGUUGGUAUUGGUUAGGCGUCCCUGCUCUUGUUCAAAGUCAGACGUCUAAGAGGCCCGAGGAACAUGACGGUAUUUCCUACCUUUCAACUCGGUGACUGGACCACGCACUCACAUGGCUGUAGCCACAGCUGAAAGUUCCCCUUGUUUGUAGAGGCAGAAAUGCUUGAACCCCAGGCUCUAUCAGGAACUUCGAGCUUAGUGACCUACUCCAGACCACGUGGACCUACUCCUGGCAACUCCUUUGCAACCCUGAUCUACAAACUUCACUGAAGUAAACCAGGCAGGGUCCCUGGACCCAGUUCUGGAAGCUCACGUCUUUAUUCCAGGAUCUCAGGUAUUCACUCUCCAGUUUGAGAAAGGGGGGAUUCUGGGAAUUGAAAAAAAAAAAACAGAGAGUGUUUGUUUCCAAAUGCAAUUUAUGCUCCUCGGGCUAAAUGGACUCCUGCUGUUUACAUGGUUCCAUUUUCCUUAUCAAAAGUUUAUCUAAGUUUUGCGACUCCCUGCUCAGACUUGGAAAAAAAGGAAGGAUGUUGAGAAGCCUCCAGAAAAUUCUAGAAACCUCAGCUUGCCGCCAACGUCAAGGCUCCACGUCCCUCCUCAUCGCCUCUAACGCCCACUUCGCUGCUGUGGGACCCAUCUGUGAACUUAGGUGGCGAGAAAAAUCAAACACACCACAGAUACCACUUUUACCGCUUUGACAACACAGGUCUAUGUCAGGCAUGGGGCCUGGGACACGCGGAGAAUUCAAGUUUCCUACAUUGGUAAAAGUCUUUCCUUGAGAGGAGAUCAAACCUCAAAGCAGCUUUCACUUGACCUUUAAGGAUAAACACUUGGACGCAGCUCUGGAUAAUCCCUUCUGAACUGAUCUCCGGUGAGGGUGUGUGGCGUGUCAUUAGGCUGCCCAGGAUGCUGGCGAAGUGGUUACCGAAAUAAAAGAAACAGAUCAACAACAUAUGUUCUCCCUGAGCCAUCUGUCCAUGGUUUUGCCCAUGCUGAAAUGGUUAUGAGACAGGAUUUAAUGAUCUCUGUGUGUUGGACAGGGUCACAGUUUCCGAUCCGACCAGGGCCAGACAUGUGAUGUAAAGAAAGCAGUGGAACUGGCGAGAAUCAGGGUGCACUGAACACAGCUUGUGCUUUCUGUUGUCCCCUGCCCCUCAGCUGCUGCUGGCCUUCCCAUGGAGCAACAAAUGUUGCUUCGUGGCCUGACAUUUCAAGAGAAGUCAGAAAGCUGGAGUUGCAAAUCUUUGUAUUUUUAAAGGAUGACAACUAAUCAACUUUUAACCCAGAUUUUAAUUCAUACAAAACUCUGCUAACAAAAUUAUGAUCUUUCCAUUUCUCUCCACUGGAGAAAAGCUCUGGAGUUUCUAAGCAAGUAGAAUGUCACAGGAUAUGAUGACACCAGUAUCGAGAGAUCUCCCGUCCCUUCCUAUUCAGUUUAGAGCAGUAACAGACAUUUUUGUUGAAUGCUUAAUAUUUACCAGGUUACUAAACUUGUCACUUAGUCUGUUUUGAGAAUGUGGCGAACAGUGUUUUAAGGGCAGGGAAACUUAAAAAAAUUACUAAGUAAGGCACUGCAUUCAAGCCAGGGUCUUUGGGUAGAAAGCCAGCCAAGACCACAAAGAGUAAGAAAAGCUGGAAAAACCCAGAGGAAAGGAAAGGGAUGAGAUAGGUCAGAAGAAAAGGACACAGUGUGGCCUGGGAGUCUCUCCCACUUGAAGCCAUGUGGGAUCUGCCCUGGGCCUCCGCCCCAUGGGUGAGUAUUUUCAGUAGACAUUGCAAGUGCGGCUAUUUCUCUGAUGAAUGUCAGCACAGCAGCUAUCUCGUGACUCAUCACUGCUGCAGAUGCAUCCAGGAGAUGAUGGCAGAGCUUCAAAAAACAGGAUUCAUCCUGCAGACAUACCUGGAAGACAUUUCGGCGGCCUCAUGCUCCGAAUUAGAAUUACUAUGAAGACUCACAGCGUGAAGCACUGUGUGCUUUGGUGAAACGUCUUUGCGUGUCGUUGCUCAUUUGAUGUCAUGAAGUCUGGAAGGAUGGAGAGCAAAUAUUUUACAGCUAUUUUCCCAGUGAGGACACUCAGGCCCAAAGAAGCAAAGAAAUGUAACAAAGUCCACUCCCUUGACAGUUUGGAAACUGCCAAUCCAGGGUCUUUGCAUCCAGCCUCCACCCGCGCUCCAGGAUGGAGAGAAGUUUCUCUGCAGAGUCCCAUGGGGGCAUGGGCCCAAGUCAUCUGUCCCCAUUACGUCCUCGAGUGACAGAUGAACCUCACAGAGACACAGGGACACAGAAACUCACACAGCCCCUGUUUACUGACCUAAGGCAGCAGCCCCAGGAUAAUUUUGCCAGUAGGUCUCUAGAGAGGAGUCACAUCAGAUGUAUGAAAGUCAAGAUUUGGCCAAAAUAAAAUUGAUCAUGUAAUUAUUUCCCCAUUAAAAAUUUCACUAGAGAAAUGACUCAAGUCAUUAGCAUUUCAAAUCAGUUUUGUUCUCCAAGACUUGAAUUUAUGCUAAAAUUUUCAGGGAUAUUUAUGGAUCUCUCACAAGUGCUACAUAAAGCAGUAAGGGAAGACAGUUUAAAAAAUUAUUCAUGACCUCCCAACCCUGUCUUUUCAAAGCAUCACACUCAUCAAUCAGGCCAGGAGACGCAGCUCCAUCUGGAGUCACUUUCCGAACCCAGGAGAAAGGUCCACGCCCUGGGCUGAGAAAGAUGCAGCAAACCCAUUGCGCUCUGAACCACUCUCUCCUCAACACUGCCGGAAUUUGUUUGAAUGUGUUUUACACUGAUUAGAUCUGAGUUACCAAAUGGGGUUGCUCUGAUUGUCUCUAGCCAACUAAUUUUCAGCUCCCUGGAGUACAUAUCUGCUGGGGAGGAGGAAAGGUAAACGAAACAGCAAGGUUCAUAGUGUCAUCAGCAGAUGGAGGCCAGAGUUUUGCAGGUGCCACCACUGAUAAGAAAGUGAUGGUGGAUUCCAUCAAGGGGCAACACAGCUUGGCAGCAUCGCUUAGAAGUUCCAAAAGUGGAUCUGGUAUCAUGAGUGACUGACGUCGCUGUUGUCUGUACCACUUAGCAUCCGUGAAAAGGAGGUGUUUUCAGUGUUCCACACCCUGCUCCCUGACCUACGUGGUCCUCCCUGUAGACUGCUGUCACAAAGAAGGCCAUAGAAUGCGUCCUUCAAUAGGCUAUGUGUUGUGUCGGUGCAGUGGGACACAUGGGUGUGACCAGCUACCUGUGCUGCAGGACGCCUGUGGUAAAGAAAUAAUUUUAAGAUACACAAAAACUACCCAAGUGAGCUUGUAUCUCACAAGAUUACUAUAUAAUGCUACAUCCACUAUGCAUACUGAAUAUAUGUGGAUAUGCCUAGCAUGUAUCUAUAAGCCAGGUACCUUCUUAUCCUUAUUUAUAGAUGAAAUUUUUAUCUUUAGGGAGGUAAAGAAAAUUGACAAGUUAUACUGCUUGUUAGACUGAGAGCUAAGGUUCGUGACUGGGUAUAAUUUUACCACCAUGUACACUUUUUGUAGUAUGCUGUUUAUCUAAACUUCUAUUUGUUGCAUGAUAAUUGACUAUUUUUUAUAGUAAAAAAUAAAACCAUUGACUUAUAACCUUGCAGUUGUAAGGCUUUCAUAAUAUAGUUAAACUCUUUAAAAGCUGAAGGGAAAAAAUUUGUCAUGUCCUUUCAAAUGUGGAUUGAAGGAGAGGAAUUCUUCACCCUGGAUAUUGUAUACAUGAAUCUUUUUAUGAAUAGAGAACUUUAUUUUAUUGCUCUUCUGGCACUCAUGUGAUCUAUAUUUGAACUUUUCUGGUAAUCUGAUGUCUAUUAAAAUUUUUUGCUUAUAGAGAGUAAAAAUAUAUUUAUCUCUAAUUUC